AUGUUCUCGAUGAAGACCGACGAAUCCUGGAAGACAAAUGCCACAUAUUAUACAGUGGGAGCAUUAUUUUCUUCGGUUAAUCGAAGGGACGAUCUCAUAGCGGUGUCAAUAUGGACAAUAAUGCUUCUUUAUGCAUUGGUUUCAAAUCUUUUAAUAUUGGCGGGAAUCGUGAGAAGCUCAACUAUGAGAAGUGCUACUAGUUAUUGGUUUAUCAUUUCAAUAGCGAUGUGUGAUAUUCUAAUGACUAUUGUAUCCUUGGGUCAUUUGGUCCCUGCUACUGCUUUCCAUGAGAGAUACGUCCAAUUUAAAUCAAAACGAAACAUCAUCAUGAUUUUCUUCUAUGAUUUAUUCUGGUACACCGGAGUUGUUCAACUUGGGUUAAUGGCAGGGAAUAGAUUCGUUUCAAUUGUUUAUCCAAUGGAAUAUAAACACAUUUUUUCGAAAACAAGGUCGCUCUACUUGAUAUUCCUUGGAUAUCUAAUUGGAUUUUUGGUUUCUCUUCCGACUUUGUUCGAGUGCUGUCAUACAUUGUGGAAUUCAAAUUAUUAUAUUACGGUCUAUGAGAAACCCGAAACAUUGUAUAAAUAUGUUGACAUGGCGGUGAAUAGUUUAUCAUUGUGCAUGAUGAUCAUUUCUUACGCUGUCAUCAUUUAUAAAGUGCGAGAGAGUGGACGAGCCAUGGCAAAGUAUCAAUUGACAAUUCGAACAAGACAACAAAACGCAUUGAUGAAUGGGGUAUCAUUAUCAUGUCAGAUGAAUGGUUGUGGCCGAACGUCGUAUGUCAGGCCUCCGCGCAGUCAAGUGAGCAAAAAGGAAAUGAGACUGUUCAUUCAGUUUUUCGUGGUGUCGUUAGUAUUCCUUUUGACAUGGACCACUUGGCAAUGGCUUCCUUAUAUGUCAGAAAGCAAAUGGGCGUAUUUCGUGAUGACUUCUUUAUUUUUCAUUAACAACUCUGUCAAUCCAACUGUUUACCUCCUAUUCAACACGCAACUACGACGGGAACUUCACUACCUUCUUUGUAGACAUCACGCAAUAAGUACACAUCAAAACAAACGGAAACAUACGCUUUUUGGUAAAGGAAAUACCAGCAACAAGCUUGAAACGAAAAUGACAAAGGAUGAUGCAACAAAGUCACUAGUUGAGCAACUGGGGUCGUUGUCAUCCCAAUCGCAUACGACCACUGAUGAACACGUAAGGCCACAACUUGUUAUCAAGAAUAUGGCAUAUACGAACAACAAUACAAACAUCAGCGCUGUUUGA